GGGAAAGGGGGGUGGUGGAGGAAAAUCGCAUCGCUAGUGGUGUUUUGGUUUUGGCUGGAAGGCUGUGCCCACGCGAGACCGCUCCGGCCGCUGCUCACCUCGGGGGAAAGUGGAGCCGGGGGUUUUCCUCCCGCUCCCCAUCGCUCUGGAUCGCGGCCGGGGACCCGGCUGGGGCGUGGGGAGGCCCGUCGCGAGAUGUACCAGAGUUUAGCCAUGGCAGCGAACCCCGGCCCUCCGGCGUACGAGGGGGCAGGUGGCUUCAUGCACAGCGCGGCCGCAGCGUCCCCGGUCUAUGUGCCCACCACGAGAGUCACCUCCAUGCUCCCCAGCCUGCCCUACCUCCAGAGCAGCGGCUCUUCCCAGCAAGGCAGCCCCGUCUCCAGCCACUCCAUCUGGACUCAACCCGGAGCCGAAAGCGCCGCUUACAAUCCCGGAUCUUCUCACCCUCCCGUGUCACCUCGGUUCUCCUUCUCCACCAGCACCCCCAUCCCUGCCACCUCUUCCCGGGAAGCGGCGGCGGCUUACAGCGGCUCCUUGAACCUUUCUGCUAACGGGAGGGAGCAGUACAGCAGGGGCUUCGGCAGCUCCUACUCCAGCCCCUACCCGGCCUAUAUGAGCCCCGAAAUGGCCACGACCUGGACUUCCUCGCCCUUCGACAGCCCGAUGCUGCACAACCUGCAGAGCCGAGGGACGCCCGCGGCCGCCCGGCACGCCAACAUCGCAGAAUUCUUUGACGAUUAUUCCGAGGGGCGAGAAUGUGUCAACUGUGGGGCCAUGUCCACCCCGCUCUGGAGGAGGGAUGGUACGGGGCACUACCUCUGCAAUGCCUGCGGGCUCUACCACAAGAUGAACGGCAUCAACCGGCCCCUGUUCAAACCCCAGAGGAGGCUGUCGGCAUCUCGCCGUGUCGGCCUCUCCUGUGCCAACUGCCACACGACCACAACCACACUGUGGCGCAGGAACGCCGAGGGAGAGCCCGUCUGCAACGCCUGUGGACUCUACAUGAAGCUCCAUGGGGUUCCAAGGCCUUUAGCAAUGAGAAAAGAGGGCAUUCAGACGAGGAAGCGCAAGCCGAAGAACCUUAACAAAACAAAGACACCAGCAGGCCCAUCCAGCAGCGAGAGUCUUACCCCGACCACCAGCUCCACCAGCAGCAGCAGCAGCGCCACGACCACCGAGGAAAUGCGGCCCAUAAAAACCGAGCCCGGGCUCUCAUCUCACUACGGGCACCCCAGCCCGGUUUCUCAGGCAUUCUCAGUCUCUGCCAUGUCUGGCCAUGGAUCCUCCAUUCAUCCUGUGAUCUCAGCUCUGAAGCUUUCCCCACAGGGUUACCAGUCAGCCAUCAGCCAAUCUCCCCAAACCAGCUCCAAACAGGACUCCUGGAACAGCCUGGUGUUAGCUGAGAACCACGGGGACAUCAUAACUGCAUAACCUGGGCUCCCACCCACCAACUUCAGGCUGAUCCGCUCAAGAGAUGAAGAAGAUGCCAUGUCAAUGUUGUUUCCCACCUCCCCUGCUCUCCUGCCUUCUCUUUCCUUUGUGAGAUGUUCCAGCAAAGAGGUAAAGAGGACUGAUCUGAGGUCCAGGAGAGCUCUAAUGAAGCAGAGAAGACUAAAAUCUCAAAGUAACUACUGGAUAUGAAGCAUUUUCCCCACUUUAAAUGAGCCUCUGUAUUUGAUUGUCACCACCUUCUAUGAAACACACAGAUGGACCCAGUUCUUGAGUUUUAUUUAAAAAGAUCUGGCAUUUGAGACUCUGACAAUGGUGGAGCAGAGACACUUAUUUUCUUCUGUCACCAUCCAUUCUUUCCCUGACCAGAAGAAAAUGUCACUGUCUUCUCAUUACCCAAAUUCUGUGAUCUUCCACCAAAUGGAGCCAGUUCCAGAACAGUUUGCUGAACAGACUUCACUAGAGAUUCUUUAGUGGCUUUAGUGGAUUUGAUAUGAUCUAGGGCAGAGAAAAAAAGAGACACCUCCCCCUCCUCAGCUCACACAUGUAGAGCACUAUCUUUAUUUUCCUAGAUGGUCUGGAAAGCUGAUGAAUGUCUGUAUUUAAUAGUAACUCCUUUCCUAUUUAUCAUUAUGAAAUCAUGGGACUGUGUUUCCAAGAGGUUGUUGGCUCAGCCUGGAGAAGGUCUGUCCAAAGUCAAAGCAGGAUUUUGGAAGAAGGAACCUGCUGGAAGCAGGUAGAGGAGAUCCACGUUGGUAAUCAAAUCCUGGAGGAAACGGCUGGGCUCUUCCCUUAUAGAUAGUAACAAGCCAGGCUUAGAGAUGAUUCAAGUGCACAGCAACUGAAAGAUGCUCUUCUAAUGCUGCUGUGCCAUUGCUUUUGAGACAGAUAAUUUAAUUAUUUUGCCUACUUUUAUGUUGUUUGGAUGUCACUGAUGAAAUCUGUCACUUCUUUUUGGCUGUACUGUGAGUGCCCACUUUCCCCCCUAACAGCUGGCUCGUGACCAUUUCCCACAUCUAAUCCUUUAGGAUUUCACCUUUGGCAACAAGCAAAGGUUCCAGCCUCUAAUGGAGGUGGCAGGGGCCGUUUUCUUUACCAAACAUGUGCACAGACUUGCUUGCCUGCAAGAGAAGCGUAACUCCAUUCCUGUAUGAGUACUAAACAAGACUUGUCUAUUUUCUUGCCCAUAUGGUUCUCAAGAACCAGGGAAUCAUAGCAAAUGGAGUUGGAAGAGGUGCUGAGAGCUCACUGACUCAUUCCCUUUUCCCAAAGGGAUCAAUUCUGCCUAACCCAGCCCUGCCUACUCUGUCUUUAGCAUGUGCUUAACAAACUCCAGCAUUGCAGAUCCCACAGCUCCCCUGUGCAGUCCAAGUGCUUCACCAGAUGCUUGCCAUGGUGUUUUCAUCAAUAUUUCCAAGGAGAGACAGCUUUGCCUGUCUAGGCAGAGAAUUUUUGGGAGACCUUAUCCUACAAGAUUCUUCACCCUUGUUUCUGUCCACUCCCAAACUCUGUGCCCCUUCCUGUCUUCCCAGCUCCUCUCUUUUCCUCCCUGCAUCCAGAACUCGAGUAUGGAACUACCAAGUGAAAAUUUCUAAGAGGGAUUGUGCAUCCCUCCCAAAUGUGCCAUCCUCUGUCUCCUGCUGUUCAACAUUCCCACAGGGAGUGUUUCCACCCAAACACCAGGCUUGGUGAAGAGGAAAAUCACACACAGGUUUGAAGUAAAAGAAGGGCAUUGUGUUGUCUUUGUCUGCACUCACCAUUUUCCUCCUUAGCCUCUCUAAGGAGAAGGAUUCAAUUGGAUUGGUCAUGAGAAAGACUGGGACUGGAACAGCAGAGACCUGGACCCUUCCACAUUCCCUCUGCUCUCCGUAACUCAGAUUGGCAGGGAUUUGGAGGGGUGACAGAGCCUCUGCAAUCCCUAGAGAAAAACACCAUGGCAAUGGUGCCAUGGGAACGGCUGCAUGAUGUUUGCACCAGAGUUUCCACCCUGCCUUGCUGGGCUAAUGUAGUGUUUAGCCUCAUUAGUGCUAAUUACAGAUGAGGAAAAGACAUCUGUGAAACAUGAAUAAAAAUAAAUGAGAUUCUGUGAUUCUGCUCAGGCCUGGCAGGCUGCAGAGAGGAGGAGAAAUAGCACAUAAAAAUAUGAAUUUGGGGUGAAAACACAAAGGUGUUUCUCCAUUGGCGUGAAAUUUUUAACCAGCCUCCUCCUUGAACUAAAUUCCUUUGUAAAUGACACUUGAGCUUUCUUGGGAUCUGCCUGUGAAUUCCUGGCCAUAAUAGAGCACCACAACAUGCAUGAACCACUUGGCUCAUGCACAUAUUGGAGAUACCCAGGACUACCCUGGAUAACCUGAGAGGAAGGGGAGCAAGCGGCCUCUUGGAGACGAGAAGUUCAGAUCAACCCCCUCCCCCAUUUCUCUUUCCAUACUGAUGCUCCCAUUGGUUCUGCCCACCCUGCCUUAUUGCUGUGCUCCUCCUCCUCCCCUCAAAGCCAAAAAUCCCUGACGGAAAUUUUCUCCUGUCCUUAAAACACUCCAAGAUGUCAUAAAGGACUCUGUUUGCAAUGCCAGGGGGGAAAAUCUCUGCAGAACAUAAGUGUGGUUAUGCUCCCUCAGGUUAUCUAAAUGACCACAGCAGAGAUUUAUUAAAUGGUUUUUACCCUUUCUCAAAGCCUUAAAAAUAAUUUUUGAAACAGAGUGAGAAGGAUUCACAAGACCCUAAUGGCAGAACAAGAUGUCUGCUUUCAAAAGGUGAAGCUCUGGGGGCUGUGAGAACAACUUCAGGCUUAGAGGACAACUACUUAGAGGUUGAAUUCAGCUCUUUUGUCCCCCUGUUUGCACCAGAAGCAGUAGAAGUUUGGCUGCACCUGCUUCUGUAGUUCUUUUCAAUCUCCCAAAACUGUUGUAAAGCUAUUUUUGAUCCAGAAACAUUUAUUCUGGCCAACAUUGAUAUCAAGGUGCUUAGAGACUGACUUCAAAUGCAGCGCCAUCAUUUUAGGUGGUGUACAAACUCACCAUAAAUGACAGGUCCUCUCCUUCAGAGCUCAUAAUGAUCAAAUUACAGAGUAAUUUAAAUCAGAAGGGAUGAGAUCAGAUUUCUCAAGGCCCUGCUCAGGCAACUUUUGAAUAUUCCCAAGGAUGGAAACCCUGCCACCUCUCUGAUUUCCUGUUCCAGUGUUUGACUACCCUCAUAGUACAAAUGUUUUUCCACAUAAAUGUUAGAUUAUAAUAAGAGGCAGAAUCACUGGUAAAUUAAUUGCUCAGACUUGGGGAGUCCCAAGCAACAAGUCACUGUGGAAGGUUGAACGUUGUCUCAAAGCCCAGGAAUCACACAAAGCCCCUUCUCAAAGGUGGGAGCUGGGAAGGCCAAUGCAGGAGGACAAACUCUGGAAGUGACAGAUGAAGGGAUACUCAGAAGACAAGAGGAUAAAAGUGCCACCAACUUUCAGGACACUCAGCUCCUUCUAGCAGGAGGGGUAACUCACAAAAUUCCAGGUUCCACCUGAGCUCUGCUUUCCUGCUCAUGAUGGGGGGGAGCAUUUCGAGCCUGCUUUGGUAAUUAAACUAGAUACAAUUAUUAGAGACCCAGACAAGAUAAUUAUUGCUAUUAUUGCUGGAGAAACCUUGUGAGGGCUGUUCCAGGCCAGGUCCUCCACAAAUGCAGGACUGAGAACUAUCCCUGCCCUGAGGAGCGAGAGGGAAGAGCCCACUCCUGCAACACACUUCAGCACUAAUAUAAAUGCAUUUGUGGGACUUGUUCCUAUAGAGAUCAUCACUAAUCAUAAAAAUGUUGAUGCUGAAAGGUAUUGCAGCACAAGGUUUGGUUGUGUCAAACCAGACCUUGGCAAUGGCUCAGGGGCCACCAAAGUGAGAUGAGCAGCUGAAAGGCAGGAUGGGGAGACAGGGUGCUAAAAAGGUCACUUAACCAUUUCCAAACGUCUUUGCUCUUUGUGGAAGUGCAAUAUCUUGAUUCACUUCAGCUAUUAUUUGUAAACUGAUCAGAAGAGAUCCUUGGAUCACUUGCAAUCUUAUGGGCUUAGAUGGAGAGGGUGCAAUCAGGAGGAGCUCAGGAAUAUUGCAAGGGAGCUUUAAAACCAAUCACCAACUCAAUGCAACAUUGAAGCUGUGACUAUGUUUUGUUUUGCCUUUUUUUUCUCCCCAUGUAUAAAGUUUGAAGCUUCCCAUGUCAUCUGGGAAAGUCUCAUGGAAACACACAUUUCUUUGUAAGGGGGAGAGGGAAACCAACCAACUGAACAAGCUGUAAUUAUUUAAAGAUGUAAAAAAAUAUCUAUUAUGAAGUAGUAUGGCUACCAAUCCACGUAACUUCUACACCUUUAGAACUAAUGGAAAUAAAACAAUAAUAGUAAAAUCA